CACGGGUGUCACUAGAACUAAACGUAUUGCUAAAUUUAGACGGUUGCUUUCGGAACCAUAACACACCACAGCUCUUUCACCUUAUCUUUUGAACCAGCACAACUCUGCGAGUCACAUGGGCUGUGAGACAGUGAUCGCACUUUCUGUUGGGAACUCCAUUUGUGCCCAGCUGUACAACACGUUCCUAAACUCUGGAGUUUUCUUGCGUAACAUUUGACAGUGGGUUUAAAUCGUAGUAUUGGAGACUCUGAUGUCCUCUGUACAGUGCAUGGUAUUUUCGCAAAAAAAAUUAGCAGCAUCAAAAUGUCUUUCUUAACCAUACCAGAACCAGAGGGUCUUUUCACCUCGGUGAAGACUGGCAAGGUAACUGAAGAGGGUCACUCUUCCGUGGAUGAGGACGAUGAUGACGAUACACAGAAUGUGCAUCUCAUCCCAAGGUGUUCUCCGAUACCCAGAAAGCGUGGACAAUCAAUUUACGACGAGGACGCCGAAUAUUUACGAAUCCGAUUGGGGUUGGUGCUACCCGCAAGGAGAGUAUCAUUCGCCGAUACAACAGGUGGAGACCUAGUGGAUGUGAAGGAAUUUGUCGCAUUUGAUUCAGACGAGGAAGAUGCAACGUAUGAAGCAGAAGAAGCAAAGUACCGGGGGCCAGAUCGUCACCCAAUUUACCGUGUGAGGCCUGAGUUCGACAUGCCCACCCCCUCUACAUUGACGCACGCCGUUCACACUAAUAAGAUAGAAGUGGAAAUGGUGUCUACUGUUGAAGACGAUCCACUGACAUUCAAGGGGAUUAUCAGAGUCUUAAACAUCAGCUUCAAUAAAGCAGUCUAUAUUCGUUCAACUAUGGACAGUUGGGGCACUUAUUAUGAUUAUCCUGCCGAAUAUGUCCAGGGAUCACACGAUGGAGAGACUGAUAAGUUUUCUUUUAGACUGUCCUUUGCCCCACCUUAUGUUACUCAUGGCUCUCGAAUUGAGUUUGUGGUUCAGUUUAAAACGCCUGAUGGAGAUUACUGGGCGAAUAACAAUGGUAGGAAUUAUGUCGUGACCCUUCUCUUGUCCUAUGAAGAAGAAUUGGCUCAAGCCAGCAGAUAUGAUAUGCAAGACAUAAAAGGUAUCCUGAAACCUGGAAAAAUCUACAGUAUGGAGGAUGACUUUUAUGAUGAUCCAGACCUGGAAGAAGGUGAACCAGAGUGCUUUGUGACAGUGAGGCCUAUUCCCAUCUGCCCAGCCAUUAUCCAACCAGAGAUCGAUGUGGAGCUCAUUGAAGCUUCAGCAAGAACUUAGAUGGUAUAUGACACAGCCAGUUCUCCUGUCCUACACAACCCAGACCUUCCAUCAGCUGAUGGAACGCUGUCCAGUGUCUCUAUGUCUCUGGGUGAACAAUCACCUGACGUGUCUUCCACUGCCACAACUCCAACCCCUGAAGACCCAUUGGAAGCCUCUCAAGAAAACCAACCUCUACAGCUCUCUGAAUCCGAGCCUGAACUAAAACUGGAAAAUGAAUCAGACAACCGAAACCUUGACCUAACUGUGACUGAUACUGAACCGACACUCACUGCUACUGACUCAACUUGCUUAGACUUGAUUCAUUCUGUCACAAACUUGAAUAUAGAUCUGCCUCAUACCAACCUGGAUGACACUGUCACUAACCUCAAAGACACAGUAUGUGACCCCCUUUAUAAUGUUAAUGAGCUCCUUAACAUUGACCCCAGUGACAUUGUUACUGAUCUUAGUGAUACUGUUACUGACAUUCAUGAAUAUGUAACUGACCCUACUGAUGCUAUUACUGACCCUAGUGACACUGUGAUGAACUUUAGAGAAGCUGUUACCGACCGUAUUGACACCGUGAUUGACCCGAGUGAUACUGAUACUGGGACAGACCCCACUCAUACUUUUACUCCCGCGCCACACAUUGAGAUCCAAGCUAAUGUGCCUUUACUGAACUAUAAAAGAAAUCAGAGCAAUCUUCUUACAAUCCCAGAACAGGAGAUGGAGGGUGGAUCAGAAAUGAAAAAAGAAGAAGAACAUUUGAGGCUGAAAGAGGACAAAUGGUUGGUAAGCAGAAACAAGAAGCUACCCACCAGCUCCAUCGAGCUUUCAGAGCAGUCCUCAGACCCUGACCAUGGUGAGCUUGGGACUGAGAGUGACAUUGAGACCGGAGUUUCUCCAGAGUCAUCCCCAACUUCCCCUGAGGAGGCUGAUAAACUGAUGUGGUUAGAGGGGGGCCUACAGAGAAAGUAUGGGAAUCUGGUGUUGCGAGCAGAGUGCUGGUCACAGAGCCAGCAGGCCUCAGGAGAGUAUAUACCUGGAGUAGAGAUAUCCUCCUGCAUGUGGUUGCCACCUGUUGAUUCCACAGACAGUGCUCCCACUGUAACAAGCCAGACACCUGUGGAAGAUGGGCACACAACUGCACUUUCACCUGGAUGCACAAACAACCAUUCAAUGUCAGAAGGUUUCACAGAGAUUAGGCCCUCCAUGCCCCAAUACUCACAGAAGACCACACAAGACCCACAUAAAGUUAGUCGUUGUGAGGCAGCUGAAAAAGAAGAGUCUUACCCGUUUUUCUCUGUUACAGUGGGAGAUCAGUCAAGCAACCUAUCAGAGAAACACAAUCCUCUGAUUCCUGAGUCUGAGCCUACCAUGGAAAGGAUUCUGAUCUCAUCAAUCAUCUUCCUGAGUGUAGUGAUCUGCAUGACACUGGUGCUCCAUCAACCCAGUGUUUUCCUCUUCAUGGGACUUUUCUUCAUCACACUCUGUUUCUAAUCACUCAAGAGCCAUGUUCCCCCUGCCAGGUGCCUUUUCAUGAUUCCAAACAAACACAUUGAUUAUUAUGUGCACAAGUGGAUCUUGUUGUUUUUUUUAUUUGUGCUUGUGUGAGGGUGUAAAUGUGUGUAUGAUUUCUCGCACCAAAAAAAGUUGCUGUUAUAUUUUGUCAUGAUAUCCCAUAUGAGGUCAAUAUGAUAGUUAAUUAUUAGCUUUUUACUUAAGGAUUUCAAUUGUAAAAACGGUUUUCCAAAAGUGGUAAUUAAAACAUAUGGAUAUAAUAAUAAUAAUAACAGAUUUUAUUUAUAACACACUUUACAUUUGAAACAAAUCUCAAAGUGCUACAGUUAAGAUUAUAAAACAAGGUAAGAACAUCAAUAUAAAAUACAAUUAGAUAAUGGGGUUAAUUAAAACUCAUAAGCUCUGCUAAAAAGAAAAGUUUUUAGUCCUUUUUUUAAAGUCUCGGUAGUUUGAGACUGGAGCACCUACUGUAUCUUCUACUCUUUACUUUCUAAAUGACAUGGCAUUACAAUUUGUGGUGGGAGAACAUGUUACUGACAACAUUAAGUUUCAGUUUUUGAUAUCAUUAGUAUUAAUAUGUUAGUUUACUUGUUUUUAGAUUUUUGGAAAUCUUCUUUAGAGCAUGGGUAAUUAUGUUCCCCCCCCUGUAAGUCUUUGUAGUCUCUCCCUAAUAUGUAGCAGGAUAUCAAGGACAUAUCUGUAUAACAGAUAAGGUCCAUUACAGAAUCAAAGGUUCUGCGGUAAAAUGUGUCAUUCUAAAACGAUUUAUCCACCAUUUGAGUCGGAAUGACAUCUUGGCCAUCUUUGGCUAAUAGACCAUGUAAGAUAAUCUUUCAAAUUAAUGUUCAGUACAGACCUAUAACAUUUUGACGUGAAACACUUUGAUGUCACGGUUCCCAUAUCUACAUGUUGCUUAAACUCUGUUGUAGCAGUCAAAAGUCUGUACCUGCAUGUUCAAGAAAAAAAACGUUUUCCCAAACUUCUAUAGCACAGUCAUGACCAUUUAGAUUGAGAUAAUGAAUUAAUAUAAAUUUGAAGUGAUAGAUAUGUAUGUUUGCAGUGUGUGUAUUUGUGAAUGUAAGUGGACCAUAAAAUUAGGUCUUUAA